AUGGACAUCACCCUCUACUACAUAGUCACCCGGCUCCCUGACUCUCUCCGCAUAGUCAGGGGCCACUUCCUCUCAGUUUGCCCCACCACUCUCACCGUUGACCUCCUCGAGAAGGGCCUCCUAGCAGCAAAGAAGAGCAUAGUCCUUGUAGGAGCCUCUCGUGGUGACCCUCGCACCCCCGUCUUUGAGGGGUGUUCCCCCUCCCCCCUCUUGCCCUCUGUUGCUUCUGCUGCUGCAGCCGACCUCGUUGGUUUCGACUCGGUCGGCGCUGCGUCUGCCCCUAGCGGGAGACGCCACACCGGCAAGGGCAAGGGGGGCAAGGGCGCUGGAGGGGCUGGCGGGGGCGGUGGAGGUGGUGGUGGAGGUAGUGCAAGGGGUGGGGGUGGUGGUGGAAGUGGUGGCGGGGGUGGCGGUGUCGGCGGCAGCAGUGGAGGCGGAGGAGGCGGCGGUGGUGGCGGAGGGAGCGGAGGCGGCGGAGGUGGCGGAGGAGGCGGAGGUGGAGGAGGCGGCGGAGGCGGCGGCAGCGGCGGUGGUGGAGUGGGUCGCGACUCUGUGCAGAGGAGUGGGACAGGUGGUGGUCCACGCCAGCAGCAGCGGAGUGGUGUGACCCUGUCCCCUCAGCAGCUUCGUGAGUGGGCGGGGGUUGCCAUCUUUGAUCUUAACUAUGAUGCUAUCCUUGCUGCCAUGUAUUCAGUGACUACUAGUGUUGAGGGUGACUGUUACCUGUGUGUACCGCCUGACCCGGGCAUUGAGGCCACUGCUCUAGGUGUUGGUGAGGCUGCUGCUCUAGGUGCUAGUGCGUCUGCUGCCCCAGGUGCUAGUGCAUCUGCUACCCCAGGUGCUGGUGAGUCUGCUCUCUCAGGUACUUUGUCGGCUCAGGCCUUGCACACCUUCACCCUUGACUCUGGUGCGUCCCGCUCCUUCUUUCGAGACCGCACCACUCUUACGCCGCUCAGUCGGCCGGUUGCAGUCUCCCUAGCGGACCCCUCUGGGGGUCCUGUCCUUGCUAACUUCUCCAAUGUCUUACCGUGCCCGGCAGCCCCCUCUGGCACCCUGUCAGGUCUCUACCUCCCCUCGUUCUCUACGAACUUGGUGAGUGGAGCUGACCUACAGGAUAGGGGGGUUGACCAGUUCACUCCUGCGAGUCAGCGGGUGACCCACUGCACAGACGCUCGGACAGGCCGACAUUUGGCCACGUUCACCCCUCAGUCAGGGUCGAGCCUGUACACCCUUACUACUGAGUCUCCUUUGGCUGCUGAGUCUGGCCAGGUAGCUGCGUCGAGUCAGGUGUUUGCUGCAGCGUCCAGGAGCAACAUAGCGUGCUAA